CCUCUGCAUUCCUGGGUGACACCCAGCAGGCCUCACACACCUAGGCACAUCCAGUUGAACAGCCCCUCUUUCUACUUUCUUCCGUCUUCUCCAGAAGAUGUCAUGAAGUGGCUCAUGGCUGCAUCACCCAUUAACACACAAAGGUCCAGGAAAGGACCCCAAAAUCUCAACUCCACAAAUUGCCCUCCUCUCUCUAAAUAUACUAAAACCACCUUGCAUGGCCCAACGCUUGUGAAACAACACAAGACAGGCUGCCUCCUUUCUCCAGAACACAGUUUUCAAAGCAAAAGGGGAACCAACAUGUUGACACAACACACCCAAUGCACAAGACAACAACUAAGCUCAAGGAAAGCAAAUUAAGUCGAAGGCAGGCAGGGAGCGCAACGCAGUGCAACUAGUAGUGUCUCAAGCCAAACGCACCUGGGAAUCACAGAACAGCCCUCUAAGGAUGCCUGGAAUGGGGUCUGCACCUCACAAAGUGGCCACAAACACGACUGCAUGAGUAGCACACGAUGGCAUCACUGAGGAGACCACAUCACUCCUGCAGAGCUUUGGACAAGCCUUCCAACAUCUGCCACGAGAUGCGCCUUCCUCAACACUCCAGUCACACCCAAAGAUGCCGACAGGGUCAAAGGAUCAAAUGCACAACACAAGGAAAUGAAAAGGAAGUGUUGUGGGAAGACAAUGACACCCCACCUCAUGACUUCUCUGGGUUGGGCAUGCAACUGCAGCGUUCUGCACAGUGCUGCCAUGCGCAGAGGCUCUCUCCAGGCCCUCAGGCACUCACACAGCAGCAUAAAAGCCGGCCCUGUGCCUCGCUCCCUCACACCACUCUCCUGUCGUCUUCUGCUCUGUGCUCUUCCAGAGACCCUCCACCCCACAGCCAUGUCCUGCUACGACCUCUGCCGCCCCUGCAGUGGGGGACCCACCCCGCUGGCUAACAGCUGCAACGAGCCCUGUGUCAGGCAGUGCCAGGACUCCCAGGUCGUCAUCCAGCCCUCCACCGUGCUGGUCACCCUGCCGGGACCCAUCCUCAGCUCCUUCCCCCAGAACACCGCCGUCGGAUCCUCCUCAUCAGCUGCCGUGGGCAGCGCCCUCAGCGCCCAGGGAGUGGCCAUCUCCUCCGGCGGCUUCGGCUUCGGAGGCCUGGGCUGCUUCAACGGCGGCAGAGCCCGCUACCCCUGCUAAGGGCCUGCGCCCACACCCUCACACCAACCACCUGCACCCUGCAAGGUGCCUCACGCACUGACCUCACGUCUCUGUGUCACCUAUGG